GGCGGCGCGGGACUGAGGCGGGCUGGUUCAGUGAGGCGGCGGCAGCAGGGGAAAAUGGCGUCGGCGGUUCCGCAGCGGUCGUGGACCGUAGAGCAACUACGCAGCGAGCAGCUGCCCAAGAAGGACAUUAUCAAGUUUCUUCAGGAUCACGGUUCAGAUUCGUUUCUUGCAGAACAUAAAUUAUUAGGAAAUAUUAAGAAUGUAGCUAAGACAGCUAAUAAGGACCAUUUGGUUACAGCCUAUAAUCAUCUUUUUGAAAGUAAGCGUUUCAAGGGUACUGAAAGUAUAAGUAAAGUGUCUGAGCAAGUGAAAAAUGUGAAGCUUACUGACGAUAAACCCAAAGAAGCCAAGUCUGAAGAGACUGUGGAUGAGGGUCCACCAAAAUACACAAAAUCUAUUCUAAAAAAAGGAGAUAAAACCAACUUUCCCAAAAAGGGAGAUGUUGUUCACUGCUGGUAUACAGGAACACUACAAGAUGGGACCGUUUUUGACACAAAUAUUCAAACAAGUUCAAAGAAGAAGAAAAAUGCCAAGCCUUUAAGUUUUAAGGUUGGAGUAGGCAAGGUUAUCAGAGGAUGGGAUGAAGCACUCCUGACUAUGAGUAAAGGAGAAAAAGCUCGACUGGAGAUCGAACCAGAAUGGGCCUAUGGAAAGAAAGGACAGGCUGAUGCUAAAAUUCCACCAAAUGCAAAACUGAUUUUUGAAGUGGAAUUAGUAGAUAUUGAUUGAAAAAGCAGUGCUUCAGACUAAAGACAUCAGCAACAAUAAAAAUUUGGCCUUGAAAUUUAAUGUAACUAAUUAAAGCUUGUUACUAUAAGGGAAGAGUCAACUGGAAAAUUCAAAGAGCUAAAACUUGCUUAUUUGAUGUUAACUUUUGAGAAAUGUAAUCCCUUGAGUCCCUUGAAAUCUCAGAUAUUUUACUAUUGCUAUGUAGAACAUUAUGGAGAACUAGUUGUUUAUCCUUUUACCUCAUAAACUGAAAGGCUCAAUAAAAAUGUCUGAACUGUC